AUGUCCGACGAUGAAGAUAUUCAAUAUAUUAAACGGCAACGAACUCUCUACUAUGGCUCGCUGGAGGAAGUUGAACGAAAGCGUUUGGCAUCAUCCACUACUGGUGGCGCAGCAGCUGCAGCGACGUCAGCGACAGCAACAGGAUUAGCAACAGCGACGGGUGCUGCUGCCCAAUUGGAAGAUAUCGAUUCGGAUGAAGACUAUGCGGAUGAUCAGAAGAAACAUACACAGGGAGCUGCAGCUCAGUCAGCACCACCACCAACAGCUGCCGCCCUAGCCAAUAAAAUCACCGAUGAUUACUUUGAUUUGGAGACGGAAAUUUCGAAAGAUAAAGUUGCUCUGCUGGAGGAAUUUGAGCGCAAGAAACGUGCCCGCCAAAUUAAUGUAUCCACAGACGAUGCGGAAAUUAAACGCAAUUUGCGACAAUUGAAUGAACCAAUAUGCUACUUUGGAGAAGGUCCGGCGGAGCGUAGAAGACGCCUGCGGGAAUUAUUGGCAAGCUUAGGCGAAAAUGCCAUUAAGCAAAAACAGAAUGAAGAAGAAGAACGAAAGCAAUUACAAAAGGAACAGGAAACCACAUGGUAUCAUGAGGGACCGGAAACGUUACGAGUUGCAAGACUUUGGAUUGCUCACUAUUCCUUGCCGAGGGCCAAGGAACGUUUGGAAAAAGCCCGACAGGCACUUGAGGUCCCCAGUGCCACGAGAGCAGGGCGAAUGGUUGAGUUACAAAAACGUUUACAGUCGUUGGGACCACAUUGCAGUCAAGUGGGAGAUACCAGACCACUAAGUGGUAGUGCCUUUAAUGAUGAUUCCACGCUAUUGGUUACCUCAUCAUGGUCGGGGUUGUGUAAAGUGUGGUCAGUGCCUGACUGUAAAUUGGAACAGACGCUACGUGGUCAUACCAGUUAUGUGGGUGGUGUGGCUUUUCGGCCGGGUGUCAAACGGGAUGAAGAAAAUGUGGUGGCCAUGGCAUCAGGUGGUCAUGAUGGUUCUGUAAAACUUUGGGGAUUCAAUUCGGAAGAAUCAAUUGCCGAUAUAACAGGGCAUAUGCCACAUCGUGUGUCUAAAUUAGGAUUUCAUCCAUCUGGAAGAUUCUUGGCCACAGCUUGUUAUGAUGCCUCCUGGCGUCUGUGGGAUCUGGAACAAAAGACAGAAGUUCUACAUCAAGAGGGACAUGCCAAGGCUGUGCAUUGUCUUAGUUUUCAGCAUGAAGGCAGUGUUAUUGUUACCGGUGGCUUAGAUGCAUUUGGCAGAGUGUGGGAUCUACGAACAGGUCGUUGCAUUAUGUUCCUUGAGGGACAUUUGGGUUCAAUAUUUGGUGUGGAUUUCUCACCAAACGGUUUUCACAUUGCCACCGGUUCCCAGGAUAAUACUUGUAAAAUAUGGGAUCUAAGACGUCGUCAACCGGUCUAUACCAUACCAGCCCAUCUGAAUCUAAUUUCCGAUGUAAAAUAUCAACGAGACGGUGGUAGUUUUCUGGCCACAUGUUCAUACGAUUGCACCACCAAAAUAUGGUCGAACAAAACAUGGCAACCGCUUAAAACCUUACAGGGUCACGAUGGCAAAGUUGUGUCCCUCGACAUUUCACCGAAUUCGAAUUUCAUUGUUACAACAUCAUUUGAUAGAACAUUUAAAUUAUGGUCAUCGGAUUGCUAGU